AUGGCCUCACGCAUCGGGCUGCGUAUGCAGCUGAUGCGAGACCAGCUGCAGCAAGAGGAGCAGCGUGAGCGGGAGCAGCGGCAGCAGAAUGCAGUCCUGCAGCCUUACAUGCAGCAGCGCAUGGCCGGGCCGCCUGCCCCCACCCCGGCCAUCAGCACCCCACAGCAUUACCAAAGCAUGCAGGUCCCUGUUGAGGUUCUCAAGGUACAGACUCACCUCGAGAACCCCACAGACUACCACAUCCGAUACACACAGAGGCAACAGUUGAAAGAAUAUCUGUCUACAACCCAGGCCACCAAACAGACGGUCCACGCAGCCGCAGGCCUGAUUCCACCAACUUCUCCCUCAAAAAUGGGACCCACAGGGGGGUCCGCAUCUGCCCCACCGCCCCUCCAGUCCCCACACAUGCGCACCGAGCAGCUCCUGUCUGGCAACAGUGCACCCAACAGCCCCAUGGCCAUGCUCAACAUCAGCUCCAGCCACGAGAAUGAGAUGGAUGAGGUAAUUGAUGACAUCAUCAGCAUGCAGUCCAGUUACGAUGAUAUUCAGGCAUACAUUGACCCUGUCCAGAUGCCCAACACACUCCCUCUAUCUAGCAGUCAUCUGGAUGUGUACACGGGUCCUGGGAUGAAGGGGCCAGCCAUGGCCAUGACCAGUAACUCCUGUCCCGCCAACCUGACCGUCAAACGAGAACCGACAGAAGCCCGAGCAAUGGCCAAGGAGAGACAGAAAAAAGACAACCACAAUCUGAUUGAAAGGAGGAGGCGAUUCAACAUCAAUGAUCGUAUCAAAGAGCUGGGCACCAUGAUCCCCAAAACCAAUGACCUUGAUGUGCGCUGGAACAAAGGCACUAUAUUGCGGGCAUCUGUCGAGUACAUCAAACGCAUGCAGAAGGAUAUGCAUAGGAGCAGAGAGGUGGAAAACAAUUUCAAAAGGAUGGAAAUGGCCAACAAACAGCUGUUGCUACGCAUCCAGGAGUUGGAGAUGCAGGCUCAUGUGCAUGGCCUGCCCAAUGCCUCUCCCUCUGGCCUGAACCUGUCUGACCUGAUGUCUCCCUAUAUCAAACAAGAGUUGAGCCCAGAGGAUAAGCUUUCUCACCCUCAAAUACAAGCACACCACCAGCCCCAGCACCUUCCCCGGAACCAGGCUCAGCCCCAGCCCCACCAGCACCACUUCCUCCCGCAAAACCACCUUCAACUUCAGGGCCAGGGUCAGCUACAGCAAAGGCAGAUGCAGCAGCUCCCCCAGCACCUCCAGCAGCAAGCGCCCAUCCAGUACCCAGCUGUAGGCAGCUCCCAGCCCUUUGACUAUGCCCAGUCGCUGGACUUGUGCGAUGGUAUACCUGGCUUCUCAGACGGCAUAUCGGGGCUGGGCGACCUGAGCGGACUGGACGUCCAAGGGAGGAGAACCGACCUGGGCUUCCUGAUGAUGGACGAGCCCCUGUCCCCAAUGGAUCGAGACCCGCUGCUCUCUGCGAUGUCCCCCGAGGCCUCGGUCGACUCCAGCCGCAGAUCGAGCUUCAGCAUAGAGGAUGGAGACAUACUGUAGACACAUAUACACACUUACACACACUUACACACAUAGAAGCACAUCCAGAGGUUUCACAGAGGUUGUAGUAAACACGUUAAAGUGACAGCGCAAAGCUGUGAUACAUGUGCAGCACAUACAGGAGAAAAGAAAUCAGCCACCAGACAUCACAGCAGACAUUCACCCGGCACAAACUCACAGCAUGCUGCACACAAACACACACUGGUGACACUCAGAUAAUUGUGGUUCAAUAGUACAAGCAAAAAAAGGUACACGAAUCUCACACAGUUGAAAGAAUUCAGGACAGUGCAACCGUCUGCACGCACACACGCACACACACACACACACACACACACACACACACGCACACACAAACACACUCCCACACACACAAGCGCGUACAAGAUAACCUGAGCAGUUUGAAACUUUGCCUGACAGACUAAGCAUUUACAAGGGGGGAGUCAGCACUGCCAGGUCAGGAGUUAUAUAGCACACUUGGCCUUGUUUCCAUGAAGGUGGCUCUGAAUCAUAAUUGAACAAGGGACAAAAACCAGCAGUUAAUUAGAUUGAAGUUAUCAGAUACAAGGACAACGGAGUUCAUUGUCUCACUUGAUGGAGGACAAGUUAUUUUCCCCUUUACAUCAACCUCUUUUAGUAACCAUAAAUGAUUGAAUGAACGAUAGUGACUAAAAUGGAAAUAGCUUCAUGGUCCUGCAUACAUAAUUUAUCUUGAGCGGAGGAUGCAGUCGAGUCACAGCGUUCGGCUUCUCAACCUGGAUUUACACGAGUUUGACAAAGAUUUGGUCUCAAUUUAUUGCAUCUUUCCCUCUUUUAGUUUAUGAUUGUCAGGAAAUUUGUCUCUCCACAACCACGUUCACAUGCGCAUACACACACACACACACACACACUCACACACUGCUGUCCCCUCUGUUUCUACACCUUGAAAAAAGAAAACCAUUUGAUGGUCUUCAAAUAGUCUCAUCAGAAUCUAUGAGGUGUCAAAAUACUCAGGUACUGUAACACGAUACACGAGCAGGAUCGUUUUUUUAAAGUAGGAGCAGAUGUUAACCUGAACUGUUUCGGGGCCACAACUCUGAUCAUUGUGCCUUUUUGAUUUGUGCAGCUGCUGCUCCCCGUGUUUUAUAGGUUAGAGGUCAUGACCAGGGAUUUUGGUUAUAAUAUCAAGUUCAGUUAUGCCUGUAAAAGCUUUACAGUUACCAUUAAUAAUGCGGUAGAUAAACAGUGAAUGCUUCUGUCACUGAAGAGAGUGACCUUGAAGGGCUCGAACCAGAGGCCCAGAUGUCAGGAAAGAUAGAGUUACAGGGUUUGAAGCUGGAGAGAGAGAGAUAGAGAAAGAGAUGAUUUGUCUCGACCGACAGCAGCAGUGGUUGUAGUCUCCACUGGAAAAUCACACUUGCAUGCAUUCUCACGCUUUGGUUCACAAACUAACAAGCAUACACUCGCCCAGUACACGCAUACACACGCACAUACAUACACUGCAGUGUGCUUUGAGCUGUUCUCAGAUCAGCACAUUAACAAAUCCCCCGUGCUUUGGUCUCUCCUGCUGAUGAGUGAAGCUCCCAGCCACAGAGGUAAAUCACAGGCCUGCUGUCCAACACGCUACACACAGGGAGUCUGUUAACCCACUGGCUACUGUCCCCACAGCCAGGACUGGAGCAGGUGAACCUGACUUGUGCCUCUGCUGCUGUUGUAAACCCCAGGCUUGGCUUUGAUUUGACAUAGCUUAUGAUCAGUAAUGAUAAAAUUAGAAAACAAAUUUGAAGGUGAUUUUUUUUUUUUUAUUAUUAAAAUAAGUGUUUGUUUUUCUUUAAUAUAUAGUUUGUUGUUUAUUUUAUCCCCCAAAGCACUGGAAACUAUAUUAUUGUUUUUGAACUUUGUACAUGGAAGAAUUACGAAAUAAGAUUUAUUUCAGAUAUUUUAUGACGCUAAGCCACUUAAAUGUAUUUUUAUUUGUAUUUGUUGUUUUAGUUUUAUUUCAAUUUUAUUCCAAAAAUUAUAAUUUUCAAGAAGUCCUCUGUACAGACGUUAAAGCCGCCAAUGUUUUGUCACGUUGAGAGGGGAAAGCCGUUUAUAAACUUCCAAAUUUCAAGUAACUAAAGAGAUGAAAAGAAGAUGUAGUUUUAUGAUGCCAUUUUUUUUUACGUGAUUGGAUUUUAUCUUCUCUCUCUUUAAACAUUGAAAUUUGGAGACAGACGUAGAUUGAAGGUGAUUCUUUGAGUUCAUUAAGUUCAAAUAGCUCAUUUUAUGAAUGUAUGGUUUUACUAUUGGUAAUCUGGAGCAGGCCAGCAUUUCUUGCCAUGCCUCCUUCCCCCCUGCCUCUGGCUUCUCUGAAGACAGGAAAUACGACUGACUUCCCAUAAACUCUGAGCCAAGAAGUUACCCUGGAGCUGUAUCAUAGACUCUCUCCGUCUGCCUACCAGAGUUGUGCCUUUUCUCUCUCAGCCACAGUUUUGACUGUUGUACUGUCACCCAGCCAACACUCCAAAGAGCUGCUCGGGCCUCCUCUACUCUCCCACUAGAGGGCGCUCUGCAGAGGAAACUACACAGGGAAAAGUGGCUCUGAUUUUACUGAGAAUAUAAAAUGUUUUUACCAAAACCA